AUGUUUACCGGAUUAUUAUUGAAUUUAAUUAAAUUUCCACAACAUUUUCCAUUCAAGUUUUUUUCAAAAAUUCCUCUCCUUCUUUUUCUCCUUAUUAUUGUUGUUUAUCUAUUUUGUUCAACACAUUCUGCUUCAAUUCCGACAUCGAAUAAUUUAUCAUCAUCAUCAACUUCAAAUCAAUUUGAACUUAUGUCUAAUAGUUCAUAUCGUAAUUUUAUUCUAAGACAAUAUUUUAUUGAUUUACUUAAUAUAUCACACACAUCUCUUGUUCGUUCAAUGAUUUAUAAUCAUCAUUUGGCUAGUAAUUCAAUAAAAAUUAAAAAUCGAAGACGCAAACGUUUAAAUGAUAAUAUAUCCAAUAGUCCAAUAUUUACUUUACAAUCAACUAAUUGUUUAAUAAUUGAUAAUCAAGUUCAAACAACAUUUCUUUGGUCUUAUUCAAUCGAAUUAUUAUCUUCUAUUGAACUUAUCUAUCAUAUUGAUUCACAAGAAAUAAAACAAUUAAUAACAAUUCCAUUACAUCUCAAAUUUAAACAUUCGCAAACAUUGUUAGAACUAUUUACAAUCAAUACAUAUUUACAAUUUGAUUCUAAUCGAGAUUUUUAUUCAAUUAAUCUAUUUGAAUAUAUUGUUCAAAUUAAGAAUGAAAAUUUUCUUAUUGAAUCAAUAAUAAAUAAUGAAACAUGUCAAACAUCACAUACAUAUAUGAUAAUAUCAUCAACAAAUCUUCAGCUUAAACCUAAUCAAACAUUAAAAUUAAAUCCAACACUUUCAUUUGAUCUUCGUCAAUUAACAAAAACACAAACUGAUUCAUCAUUAUCAAUGUGUAAAGUUAAAACAAUUCAAAUUAAAUUUGAAGAUCUUGGUUUAGCUUAUUUAAUUAUUCGACCAAAAGAAUAUACAUUUACAUAUUGUGAUGGUUCAUGUUCGCAUACAAUCUUACAACAACAACAACAAUCAUCAAUUCAUGCAAUAUUUCAAUCAAUGAUUAAUAAAAAAAAUCCCAAUAUACCACAAUCAACAUGUGCACCAUCACAAUUUGCUGACGAUAAUUUUCUUCUUAGACAAAUGGAUGGUAGUAUUGAAAUUUAUCCUAUUAAAGAUGUAAUUGUUAAACAAUGUGCUUGCCUGUGA